AGCCUUUUGGGAGGGAGGGCUCUAUGUGCUUCAGGUGUGAAGCUCCGGGGCGACCCUGGGUGUCCCGCCUUGCAGAGUUACUUGGUGCUGGGUGGUGCACGGCUCGGGUGCCAGACCUGGUGCAGCGCUGGGACGAGGUCGCCGCGGGGCAGCUGGUCUGCAGCGUGGCCUGCUGUCCUCCCAGCCCUUCAGUUUCCAGAGCUGUGGUCAGCAUCCCGGAGCCUCCCGACCUGUGACUCACAGUCAUGGGGAUGGAUGCUGCUGUUAACUUAGGAGGCCGCAGGAUGGAGAGGGAGGGAGUGUCUCACCGCAAAGCUUUGAUCUAGGGUGCUGCAGGGGUCGUCCACCUCCCAGCCACACACUCUUGUAGUAUUCCUGAUGGCUCUUCAAAAACUCAGACCGCCCGAAACAUUAAUGGAUUUGAUUUCCUAAGGCUGCAACACUGUGGUUAGGGGAAAUGGGUGGGAGAGAACCCGAGGAGAGUCGUGGUGGAGUUUAAAGCGCUCUGUGUUAGUGUCCACCUGGCUUGAGGCUUGCUUUUUAUGUUCCGGGUUCAACGUCUUUCAAAGGAGAGUGAAUCUGCGUAUUAUCUUUCUAUGGCGAAAAUGCUGCUUGUCCCAGAGCCCUGAGCCGAACCGUUCGGUACAUUAAAGAUGAUGUGUAAGCUCCUGCCAUGUCCAAGCGGGGUGCCACGGCUCGGGAAGCAUGACGACCGAGACCUUCGUGAAGGAUAUCAAGCCCGGGCUCAAGAAUCUGAAUCUUAUCUUCAUUGUACUGGAGACAGGCCGGGUGACCAAGACAAAGGACGGACACGAGGUUCGGACCUGUAAAGUGGCAGACAAAACGGGCAGCAUCAACAUCUCAGUAUGGGACGAUGUGGGCAACCUGAUCCAACCUGGGGACAUUAUCCGACUCACCAAAGGGUAUGCUUCAGUGUUCAAAGGUUGUCUGACACUGUACACUGGCCGUGGGGGCGAUCUGCAGAAGAUUGGAGAAUUCUGUAUGGUUUAUUCCGAAGUCCCUAAUUUCAGUGAGCCCAAUCCAGAGUAUAACACGCAGCAGGCGCCCAACAAAUCGGUGCAGAACAAUGACAACAGCCCUACUGCCCCACAAGCGACCACGGGACCCCCUGCUGCCUCUCCAGCUUCCGAGAACCAGAACGGAAAUGGACUGAGCACCCAGCUAGGUCCUGUGGGUGGCCCCCAUCCUUCUCACACCCCCUCACAUCCCCCCAGCACCCGAAUCACUCGAAGUCAACCCAACCACACGCCUUCCGGCCCUCCUGGCCCCUCCAGCAACCCUGUCAGCAACGGCAAAGAAACCCGAAGAAGCAGCAAGAGAUAGCAAGAGAUGAGUCUCUCCUUCCUUCCACCACAACCAUGAUCCAGGCGUCUCUGCCAGAGAACAAGACAGUCUUCUAUCAGGCUGCUGGCUUUGGGAUUAGAGGAUAAAGUAGCUGUGUUUUAGCCACUAAAUUUCCCUGGAGGGGUUGGAAGCAGCAGCCUUAUCCACCUCAAACUCACGCCCCACCCCACCCCUGUCCUGCUGAUGCUGUCUAUCCCCUGGGAUCCAGGGUCCUCUGCCUGCCCUCCUUUGGAAAAGACAGUGUGGUUUUUGUGUGGGAAAUAAGGGUCUAACUGAAAUCCCUCCUUCCUAAUAAAUGUUCCCACUCAU